GCUGGUCCACCUCCGCUGUCUUCGCGGUCGCGCUGGGCCAGCUCGCCACGGGCUUCCUCCUGUCGCGCUGGUGGCGCACGCCGCUGCAGGGAGUGCAGCCAGUGCAGGCGUUGCCGCCGAAGUGCUUGACGUUGCCCGCAUGGGGCUCGCGGCAGGCUCGUGGGCGCGUCAUCGUCGCCCCCGACGGCGACGUUUACGAGGAGCUGUUCGAGGACUGUGUGGACAUGUUGGAGAGUGGGGUCGCGGGCGGCGUGCCGAGCCGCCUCUCGGGCAACGGGGCGCUCCGCUAUGCCUUCCGCGGGGUGGGCGUUGCUCGGGGCAGCGGGUUCCGCCGGCGGGCGGAGGCCGAGCUGGCAGCCAUGGUCGCCGCCCCUGCUGCCGCCGAGGACGGUCGCAUGGCGCCGCUGCCCCCCCCCGCCAGGGCCGCCUGCGGGCGCAGCGCUGGCAGCUUCGAUGGCGCUCGGAGCUUGCUGUGCGAGGAGCCGCUGGACGACGCCUGGCCCGUGGAGGGCCCCCGUGCCGUGCACUGGCUCGCGUGGGCAUUCGACAGCAACGGGAUGGCGCCAGUGCCCCGCCACCGCUGGUGGCGCCAGGCCCUUGGGGCCACCUCCUCAGAUCCUGGCAUCGACGAGCGCCUCUUCCUUUCGGAGACCUUGCAACAGGGGCUGCAGUGCGACCAGCUCAACAUCUGCGACCUUGCCUGCUUCGAGGGCGUGGCCCGCCGCUACCGGCUCUGGGAAGAGAGGUGCGCCGAGCGCGUCCGCGCCGCGACCGAGGGGGUCGUCGCGACGGGCCUCGCGGUGGAGGGGCACCUCUUCCUGGGCGGUGGUCGCGCCGAGGGCUACGCUCUGGUGUCGCCGGAGCCGGGCGCUGGGUGGAAGGGCCGCGAGGAGAGGGCGCUGGCGGCGGCUGCCACUUUGCCGCCGGCGCUGGCACCAGGCAGCAAGGAGAAUACCAAGGAGAAGAAGGACGGCCAGACUGGCGCCUCGGGCAGCGGCUCGGGGGGGCAGGCCUGGCUGCUUAUCUACCCGUGCUGCCCUGCAGCGACCUCGGGCCGCGGCAUUGACGGCUGCUCGGCUCAGGCGUUGCUGCAUGAGGGCGUGCGGGCCCUCGACGAGAUGGGAGGGCGCGGUGCUCUCCGGCGUGCUGGGCCCGCGUCUGGCAUCCGCGUCGACGCGCUGAAGCGGCUCGAGAGCUGCUUCGAUGCCGUGCCCAGCUGCCCGUCGGACCUGACCGCCGAGGCGGCCGCCCUGGCCGUCAUCGGCUCCGAUCCUGGCUACGCCUUCGACGAGGUCGCCAGCGGGAAGUACGCCACCUAG